UACAAUGUUUUCCGUAGUGCAAGGUUAUGAAAAGAUUGGUUUUUCUUUCAAAUUGAUAUUGUUUAUAUUUUGUUUGUUUGGAAUCCUGUUAGACGUUUUUUUUGUGAAAUAAGAAACAAAACAGACUGACAACACCACUGUAAUAUAAAUAUUUGAUCAUAAUUUUGGAUGCUGGUAAACAAUGGAUCUUAGUAUAAAGGGUGAAGCUUUUGGAAAAGAAGAUGGAAUUUUCAAAGAGCCAUUUCCAGUAAAAUCUUCCAGGAAAAAUAAUGUCCUUGUAAAGGAAUCCAGUAUGGAUACCGGUGAUAAUUCUGAUACAGAUCUUAAAAUGGACACAGAUGAGAAAACUUACACUGAGGACAAUAACAAUGAUGUAACAGAUCUAGAUAUAGAAACUAAGAUUGGAAAGGUUGUAGAUGGCAAGGGAGGUAACUUACCAGCUGUCUCAAUCAUGGGUGGAAUUGAUCAAAGUGAGGAAGAAUCGGACAUCAUUGAAGAGAACUCUGAGAAUAUGAAAACCGCAAUAAAUGAUUCAGAUGUGGAAAAUGACUUCCAGAAUAGGGGUCUUCUUGAAAAGUUGAUAAUUAAUUCACCUGGAAUUGAGGAUAAUGAAAAACUUGAAGUUCCAAAAUGUACACUUGUGUCUGUUAUCAAUGAGACGGGAAGCAGUGAAAAGGUUCCAAGUGUCCAAGAAUCUGUAGAUUUCAGUCUUCCAGCUAACAAAGAAGAUCUAUGUGUGCCAGAUGCUUUAAAUAUCAAACUUCCAGUUAUAUCUGAAAUUCUUGACAGUGCAGCAGUAUCUGGUCUAAGUAAUUCUUCCCAGGACAGUCGAACGACCACGCCAAGUAAUAGUCUUGUAACUCCAGUAACUGUUGAGAAACCGAAAGCUCCUUAUAAGGGAACCAUGGUGCCAUGUGGCAGCCUAAAGGACUAUUUAGAUUCUUUACCAACUUUUAACAGGAAGUGCAUGCUGCGGAAAGGGAGGGAGGUACAUAAGAUUUACGUUGAUAUGACUAAAGGAGAGACCUUUCUCGAUGACCAGUUUGCUUAUACAGAAUUCGGAAGAAUGGUUUUGACAAAUGGUAGUAUACGAGCUGGGCGAGCUAAGAAUGCGAAGCAAAUUGUGGUUGCCAGGGAGACACUGUAUUGUAGUGGUACUGCAGCAUGUAAAAGAGCUUGUGGGGGUUACGGAAUUUGUCUUCCAGGCUGUGAUAAGACAAAAAUGCGUGGUCAUCGCUGCUCAUAUCGCAUCAAACUUACACAGAGGCUUGGAUUUGUGAAUUUUUGGUUUGUUGAGGAGCUUGGAAGCCAUGAUCAACUAAAUGGUAAAGAUUGUGACUUCAAGGUCAACUCACAGCUUGCUGCAAAUGCCGCAUCAACGGGAAACAAAGAUAAUGCUGUUAUGGAUCUCUCCUCCGGCUUCAAGUUUCGCGCCGCUAACAUUCCACGUACACCAAAAAAAUUAGCCCCUAAGUCGACCACGCCCUCCCCAGACAGAUCUCACAGUCAGCUGAAUGGAGGAGCAAAUCAGUCUGUCUCAGAUAACAGUAACAGUGACAUUCACACUAACUAUCAUUAUGUGCUUGGCACAAUGCCAACUUCUUCACCGUCGAGGGAUUCUCCCUCAAAGACUUUGUCCUGCGUAGACAGUGAUUCUAGUCAGUCUUCUAGUCAACAGCAUAGUGCCAUAAAUAUACACACAGAUACUUCUUCCAUUCAGCCGAGUAACUUGGCAGCGGUCACUGUUACCGGGGCAACCUCCAUACAACAGGAUGUUGCAUCUCAGUUAUUUCAAGCAAAUUUUAUCAAUUAUAUGUCUACUAUGACAAAUUUAGGGAUUGGUGCUGCCUUGCAAGGUGCUAUUAACCCACUUCUAGUCAAUAUAAAACAAGAACCUCAAGAUAAUCUUCAAGGUCAACUUGCAGUUAACCAAGGUCAAGUUGCAAUUAGUCAGGGUCAAGGCCAACUAGCUGUUGGGUACCCGGGCAUAGUGACCUUGCCAUCUCAAAUACAGCUUUCUACUAGUCAAAUAACAGACCCUAGUCAGAGUUUGAAAAGUCAUAGUCCUUCACCUUCAAGAGGUCAAGGACACAGUCCAUCACCCUCAAGAGGUCAAGGAUACAGAGAUAGGUCACCACUUGUACGGGAGCAAGGUCAGAGUUCAAGUGUGCAAAAAGGACUUGAAAUUGAAGCAAAAAUUAAGAAUGAAUCUAGUCGCAAAAUGCAAGCCCAGCAGGAAGUACUCGGACAGGUACAUAAUCGCAUCAUGGAGCGUGCAAAAUGCAGAAAGAGUGCACACACAAUGCGAGUACCACAGAAAAGUGACUGUCAAAUACUGGAUUUUAGUAAAAGAAGUCCAGAAAACGACAGCAAGCAGGUGUUGUUAGAGAAUCUCAACAUUCCAAAUGUGCCAUCAUCAUCAUCAUCAUCAUCAUCAUCAUCACUUGUUGGAGGUGUUCCACAAAACAGCCAUAUUUCUAGUGUAGCAUUUCAGCGCUUCCAAACAUUGAAUCGUGUGUUGCAGAGUGACGCAUUUCAAGCGGCUAAAAAUCAGCUUGAAAAGAAGAAAACUCUUGUAAAGAAUGGUGAUAGUCAGGAUGACACUUCUAGUCCACUAAAUUUAAUCGUGAAGCCGCCCAAACCAGAAAACAGUAAUCUUAGUAAUGAGAGUCACCAACAGUAUUUUCGUCUUGCUGAAGAGUGGAAAAAAGGGGAACAACUCCCCACCAGUUGGAUUAAAGGGGAACAACUCGUUUCAGAAUGGACCAAAGGGGAACAAUUGAAUGAAAAAGAAUUGAAUGGGGAACAGCUUUUAAAUGGUCACAGUGACAUUCUGGAUUGUAAAGCCAUCCUUGAGACUGACAAACUUACAGAUAAUGAAAAGGAGUUGAUGUGUCGGGUUCGUCAAUUGGAGUCGCACGUGAAGCAACUGCAGAACAUCGUCAUCAGAAAGGAUGUGUCAACUUCUCAACCAGUCGCCGGACGAAGGAAAUCAAAACCUCUGCGAGAAAUUGAUUUCAAUAAGUACAACACGCGUCAUGUUGCAUUGAAGGUGAUGUAUCUAGGGUAUGGUUACCAAGGUUACGCAAGUCAAGAAGAUUCUGACAAAACAAUUGAACAUGCCUUGUUUGAAGCCUUGAAGAAGACUAGACUGAUUGAGUCCAGGGAGACGUCGUGUUACCACCGAUGUGGACGCACAGAUAAAGGUGUCAGUGCCUUCAGUCAGGUGAUUUCACUGGAUCUUCGAACCAAUCUACUCUCAGGUGUAGGGGUGAAGGUCAGAGAGGGUGGAACAGCUGCUGAAAGACCAGGGGACAAGACCACUGAGAUUCAAUACUGUCACAUUCUCAACAAAAAUCUACCUCCAGAAAUCCGAGCACUAGCUUGGGCACCUGUCGAUCCAGAAUUUAGCUCCAGAUUCAGUUGUAAGAAGAGGACAUACAAGUAUUUCUUCCCGAAGGGCAGUUUGAAUAUUGAGAUAAUGGACCAAGCAGCAAAGAAAUUGAUAGGGGAACACGACUUUAGGAACUUGUGCAAACAGGACAUAGCAGGUGGUGUGACAAACUUCGUACGUAAAAUUUUGAGUGCGGAGAUCAAGGUUCUGGAUGAGACAGAUCAAGGUGGCUACACGAUGUGUGAACUGACGAUAGUUGGCACAGCUUUUUUGUAUCAUCAGAUACGAUGUAUAGUUUCUGUACUCUUCCUAGUUGGAAAAGAACAAGAAUCACCCGAGGUAAUAGAUGAAUUGCUCAAUGUUGAAAAGAACCCUAAAAAACCUCAGUUCAAUAUGUCCUCAGAUAUUCCAUUAUGUCUGUAUGAUGCCAACUUUGGUGAUGAAUUUGAGUGGAUACAUGAAGCAUACUGGCAUGAGGAUAAUAUCAAGACAUUACAGCAGCUUUGGGCAGAGCAUUCUAUCAAGGCCACAAUGCUGAAGAAAAUGUUGGAAGAUCUAGACAAAGCUAAGGUUGAAACAGAGUGUGAUAUAGCACCAUGGUCUGACUUGAGUCCACCAGUUCUGCACCAGGCAGAUUGGAUAUUCCCAGAUAAAAGUAGAGUAUAUAGACCCCUACUGGAACGGGAAAAGGGAGCAUUUACAGUGGAAGAAAAAAUCGAGAAUUUUGCGAAGAAACGUAAACUGAACCCUGAUAGCGAGAAAGAUUCUACCGACAAAGAAGGGGAAUGAUGGAAGUUUUUUUCUAGGGAAGUACCAUCAGCAACAGUACUGCAGCGUGUUUGGUUUCUCUCCGCUCGAGUCGAGUUACCUGAGUGUAUUGGCUGAGAAGAUAUCUUGGGGGACAACUGUAAACAAGAUUGUAAAAGGUCCAAAAAUGGAAAUAAAUGAGAAAUUGUCAAAGCUGACAGACAUUAAAAGCAAUAAACUGCCAUCAUUGAAACAGCUAAAGAAAUAAACUGCCAUCAUUGACAAAAGUUGCACGAGAUUGUGUAUUUUGUCUAGUCUUUGGUUUACUGGCGCACAAAGGUGUGCCAGGCACACAUGGCCAGAAGCAGGCAGUAUCAUUAGAACACUUAUCCAACAUUGAAUCUACACAUUUGGCUCAGAUAAAAUUUCCAUCAUUGACAUAAUUCUAUAUUCAAAUGCUAGUUUUUACUGUCUGGAGUCGAGGUGAUUUAAAUAAUGCAUGUGGAAAAACCAGAGGUGUGCUUGUAAUUUUUCCAUUUAGAUAAUUUUUUUAAAUUGAGUGCCAUCUGUAGUUUUCAGCUAUUGAUGGGCUUCCAUUAUAUACUGCAUUACUUUUUCUUUAUUCGAGAUCGAAGCUUAUUUAUAUAUUAAAUUUAUAUUUCACUGACCUCUCUCUUACCUACUUAAGAACUGAAUAAUAUAUAACAAAGUUUUAAAAAUGAGACCAGUCAUAACUUUAUUUAACUAUUGGUCAGGUUUAGGAUUUUGUUCUGAAACAACCAAUCAGAAGUUAGAUUUUGUUGACUGGUUUUCAAACUUGGCUUUAUAACUGUGGAACCAGGAAUCAGUCAGAUGCUAGAUUUUGUAGACUGGUCUUCAAACUUGGCUUUAUAAAUAUGGAACCAGGAAUCAGUCAGAUGCUAGAUUUUGUAGACUGGUCUUCAAACUUGGCUUUAUAACUGUGGAACCAGGAAUCAGUCAGAUGCUAGAUUUUUAGACUGGUCUUCAAACUUGGCUUUAUAACUGUGGAACCAGGAAUCAGUCAGAUGCUAGAUUUUGUGGACUGGUCUUCAAACUUGGCUUUAUAAAUAUGGAACCAGGAAUCAGUCAGAUGCUAGAUUUUUAGACUGGUCUUCAAACUUGCUUUAUAACUCACUGUCAGUGUAGUAACCGUUAGAUUGCUUUUAUAUUAUCAUUAGAUGACAGAUAUUUAACUAGUAACCCUUAAGAAGUGGGUAAUCAACAAGAAUAUUUCCUAAGGCAAUGAGAACAGUAUUUCUGAGAGAAUAUUAGGUGUCAGAUGUAGAUAUAAAAUAAUAAGAUAUAUUUUGUAUAAAUAUGUAUAGAUAUGUAUAAAAGUGUGUGCUUAUAUUUUGAUAUGGGCGAGCAAUAUUGUCUCAUGUUGUUUUCCUUAAAAUAUUCUCGAAGUAAAUAAUGCAGUUUAUAUAUUAAUCUAGUCAGUGGUAUUUUGUUAAAGUGCUAUUGUUUUUAAUUCUUCUGAUGUAAUUAUUUACCAUUAAUAAUGACUUUUUGUUGCCAUUUAGAUAAAGGUGUAAUUUUGGUUAAAUAUUUAGUUUUAAAUCUAAAUCUUUUGAAUUUCUUGCAGCAUUUUCAAAGAUAAUGAAGAUAUGAUUUUUUUUUCCAAACAAUUCAUUUUUUUUGAGCCAGGAAGUAUGUUUAAGUGUAAAAAUAAAGUUUUAGAUUACUUAUGCCCCACUGUCCUUUCUGACAUUUGUUGCAAAGUUGACUUCACUUGAUACUUUUUUUCUUAACUGCAUGGUAAUACAUUCCAAGCUUCCAUCACUUAUAUAUGUUAGAGGGUAAUAAUUUUGAAUUUAUUUUGACAAAUGUAAGUGUUAAAUUUAUUUUGACACUUGUAAGAGGAUGGUAGUUUAUGGUAGUUUUGUAUUUAUUUUGACACAUAAGCUGUAAGAUGUUGAUAUUUUUCUUCUGUUAUACUGUGAGAUUGUGAUAGUUCUGGAUUUGUUUUUGACAUACACAGCUGCAGGAGGGAGGGUGAUAGUUAAGCACGUGUUUCUACACGCGGCAGAGAGAGGGUGAUAUUUUUGGAUUUAUUUCAACACAUAUAGCUGUAGGAGGGUGAAAGUUUGGGACUUAAUUUUGACAGUAAAGCUACAAGAGGGUGAUAGUUUUCAUUGCAAUAAUUUUGACUGUAAAUAAAGAGAAGAUAUAAUAUUGUACAGGAGAGUAACCACAAAAAAAUUCACAGUCGUAUUUAUUGAUUAAGAUACUCAGAAAUGCUCCAUGUUGGUGCAAGUUCCUUUAUGUGUCAAAUUAUAAUAAAUUGUCAGCAUUUUAUUAUUGUAAUCAUUUAGUAUCAGAUAUUAUUAGGUGUAUAUAUAUUUGUUGAACUGUUGUCUCUUAAUGAGUGCUUAUCUGAUGAAACACAGAUUUCCAUAGAUUGAAGUAACAAAAAUUCCGUGAAAAAAAUGUACUAAGACUGUAUACUCAUUAUAUGCAGUGAUGUCAACCAUUAGCCUGCUGGCGGCAAUUGAUUAUGAUUUUGCAACCAAUGCAGACCAAAAUCAACUUGUAUAGGCAGGUUGUUCUGCACUGUUCGCUAUUCAAUCAGUAUAUUCUCAGUAAACACCUCUGAAUGAAAAAUGGCACUGUCUAAAUUGAAUGAUGGACCAGUCCAUUUUAGAAAUUUUGCAGAGUAUAGGUUAAAGACUUAAAAUGCACUUUUAUGUAACAUUUUGAUAUUUGUUUAUAAUUUGAUAACUUAAUAAAAAAUGGAUUACAGAUUGUUUUCAAAGUGCAUCUUCCAUUAAUAAUUAGAAUGGGGAGAUAAUUUAUAUAAAAGUUUGUAUGUCGAGUUAUGUAUAAAUAGGGGUGUAUACGUGAACUAAUCAAUACACAUUCAGUACAGUCAAACCUGCAAAUAACUACCUGUUGACAGAGAACACUAAAUACAAGUUUCUUAUUUGCAGUGUACUUAACCUGUUAAUAAAGACAACAAAAAAUUCUUUGUUUCAUAUUAAGUCAAUUCUGAUCCAUUCUCAAAUAUUGUUUCUAGACAUUCACUCAGUCAUAGACCUACUUUCGGCAAGGCAUCAAUACAUUUGCUUCAAGAAAAUGAAAAGAAAAAGUGAAGUUGAAUAGUAUGCAGUUAAUGCAUGUCCACUGAGACCGGGUACACUCAUAUUUUAAGUAAACAUCCUGAAGACAAGCAAGUAUAGGCAUGAAAAAUGUCUGGUUUUAUUAAUAAAAGAAUUCCCCAACUUUGGCCCCACAGUUGAGGAGCAAAUACGCAAAAAUGGAAAAAAAUAUGAUCUGUUUAUUUGGGACUUUCUUUGACUACAACAUGGAAGCAUAUUUUUGACCAAAUUGCUGCUAUAUUGCUUUUGACACUUUCAUGCCUGGUUUUUAUGUUUGGGUUUGACUGUAUUUGAAUCAUUAUAGAAAAUAGAGAGAACAUUUAUGUCUUAUUGACUAACUUACAUUUAUUUUGAUAUGGUGCUGUUAUAUAUUGUAAGUACAUCUUGUGCCAAAUAUUUUAGAGAGAUUUUAGCAUUAUUUGACGACCUCGGACUUCCCUAAGUCACUGUUCAGAUAUAGUUUAUUGUUUUAAGCAUUCUAUAGAAGGUAUUUAUAGUAAUACAAUACAGGUAUAGUAAAAUAUUGAUAGUGUGAGUUCUUAAUGGGAUGAGUAAAAUGCUUGAGAUAUCGAGGGCUUUGAGCGAUCCAGUCACAGAAUGGCUCAGGACCACAUGAACAACUGGUAUGAGCAUAUAUGCUGGAGUAAUUCAUGCAAAAGUGACAUUGAUGCUGAUGGCAGCUGGAUGCUCAAGUCUUUGGUGUCCAUGUGAGCAUGGAUGCUCAAGUCUUUGGUGUGCAUGUGAGCAUGGAUGCUUAAGUCUUUGGUGUGCAUGUGAGCAUGGGUGCUAGAGUUAUUGAUGUUCAAGUGUGCAUUGAUGCUCGGGGGAGACGUAUUUCACUGUACAUUAUUGGAUUUUUUUGUACGAUAGAAUAAAUUGUCGAUUAAGACUGUGUGAAAUAUAGUUGAGAUUUGUAAUUGGUAUUUUUACGUUUCCAUCUUCGUGAUCUUCCAUACUCCUCGUAUUUGAUAGCAUUAUAUGUACAGUUUGAGCAUAGACAUCUUUUAUCUUCCUUGUUUGAUUGGUCAUGAUUUUUGAAUAUGGUAUAUGAGCCAGUGCAUGAUAAAAUCUAAUUGUCAAUAAUUAUGCCAAUGUGUCAGAAAAUGGCAUCAAGAGUAAAUGUCAUUACACGGAUGUAGUGUAAAGACAGUACAGUUGGUUAAUGAUUAAUUCUCAAGUGUGUUACUUUUAAAUUUGCUUGUUAUAUAUCGGUCUUGUUUCUUUAAAGGACUGAAACUUGAAAACUAUGCCAAAAUUAUGUGGGUUUCUUUCAAUGCACUGGCUCAAUUUCUAUGUAAACUGUUAUGACUCCGUUGUUAUAGAGAUGAAUAAAUGUAUGUGCUGUACUGUUUUAGUUUGACUGUUGUUAACAGUGUUUUCAUAUGUUUAUCGGCAAGCUAUCCAUGUAAGUUCCAGUAAUAACAGUUCUGAACUAGUGAAAAACAUCCAUUUUGAUUAUUUCUGAACAAUGUAAAUAUAAAGAUGGUUAGUCUUAUUUGAGCAACAUUUUAUGACAUUUUUCAGUAUUCGUAUAUCUUUUACGAGAUUUAUUUCAACUACCUGAAACAAAAAUCAAGUUUUAAAACAGCAUGUAGCUUCAGAAUUCAUCUAUUUUCAGUUUAUGUUGGUUGCGCAACUGAGAUAGUCAAAGGGAGGUAAUAAUAAUUUUAUAAACUUGCAUUUCUAAUUAAUGUUGGCAAAGCAAGUACGUUUCGAUGCAAAUCUUUGACAACUGUAAUUCUAUAGUGCUUAUACCAUUCCUUAGGUAAAAUACGUUUAUUGAAUUUGUACUUGUGCUAAAACAACGCUAUCUUGGUUGGGCAACAAGUUCAGGAAAAUCAAAUUUCAAAAGUACUUCCAUUGAAAAUCUAACAUGUAUGAAAACUUAUGUGAACACAAAUAAGUGCAAAUGAUCAGUUGGUUAAGUUUUGAACAAAUCCAUCUGUUGACCAAAAUCUCAUUAACCAUCAUUAAUGUGCUAAAUGACAUUUUGAAUCUUUUUGAAAAAAAAGAUUGUUCAUGAAUUUAAUAGUUUAUUUGAGGCAUUUAUGUAAAGCUUACUUAGGAAACUUAAUUGCUGUUCUAUUUCAUACACUUACACUUGUGAAUUUUGAUGUACAUGUAAAUAACUAUUGCUGUUGAAAAGGAAUAGACUUUUCUUUUAGUUUUAUGGGUACCUUAAACUUAAAAAGUCCUUAAAAUAUCUUUAUGAAGGGUUCAUUUUACUUGCCAGAAAUUUAAAAUCUUGUUUUGAAGACAGAAAUGCAUUGUGCUGCAUGUAUGUGCUGGUAUAUGUCACUGUAAUAUGUUUUUUGUUUUCGCUUGGUCCAAGGGUAAUUCUAUUGUAAUAUAUAAUUAUAUUGUAUGAGUUGUACAGUCAUAGGUAAAAGUGUGUCCAAGUAGAAUACAUUGUUAAGAUAUGAGGAACUAUGAUUAGCUAAUUAAGAUAGUGGAUCCAUAACAUCAGUCUGCAAUUUCCCUUUCAUUCCUUAUUCUUCCUAGGGGGCCUCCGUGGCCGAGUGGUUAAGGUCGCUGACUUCAAAUCACUUGCCCCUCAUCGAUGUGGGUUCGAGCCUCACUCAGGGCGUUGAAUUCUUCAUGUGAGGAAGCCAUCCAGCUGGCUUACCGACGGUCGGUGGUUCUACCCAGGUGCCCGCUCGUGAUGAAAUAAUGCACGGAGGGGCACCUGGGGUCUUCCUCCACCAUCAAAGCUGGAAAGUCGCCAUAUGACCUAUAAUUGUGUCGGUGCGACGUUAAACCCAACAAAAUAAAUAAAAUAAAUUAUUCUUCCUAUGUUAUUUCUACUCGCCUUCCUGGUAUGGAGAACCAAUCGGUUAUCAUCAAAGAAUGUGGACAUAGGGAAGAAGAACAUGUAAUAUCAUAGAAAUUGCAAAAUACUGUUAUAGAUCCACUACUUUAGUGUCCUGUUUUCAGCUAACCUGAGCAAUGCUCAGGUGAGUUUUUGUGAUUGCUCGAUGUCCGGCAUCCGUCGUCUGUCAACAUUUAGCUUGUGUAUGUGAUAGCGGCUAUAUUUUUCAGCUAAUCUUCAUGAAUUUAAGUCAGAAGGAUUACCUUGAUGAAAUCUAGGGCAAGUAAGAAACUUGGUCAUCUAGGGUCAAAAACUAGGUCACUAGGUCAAAUAAAAACAACAUUGUGUAUGGAAUAGAGACUGUAUUUUUCAAUUAAACUUCAUGAAAUUAGGUCAGAAUGAUUGCCUUGAUAAAAUCUAGGCCAGGUUUGAAAAUGAGCUAUCUUGGUUCAAAAAUAAGGUCACUAGGUCAAAUCAAAGAAAAACAUUGUGUAUCUGAGUGAGGCUGUAUUUUUCAAUUGAUCUUCAUGAAAUAUGGUCAGAUUGGUUACCUUGAUAAAGUCUAGGCCAUGCUCGAAAAUGGUUCAUCUGGUGUUAAAAACUAGGUCAUUAGGUCAAAUCAAAGAAAAACCUUUUGCAUGUGAUAGAGGCAGUAUUUUUCAGUUGAUCUUCAUGAAUGUUGGUCAGAAUGAUUGCCUUGAUGAAAUCUAGGCCAAGUUUGAAAAUGGGUUAUCUGGGGUAAAAAUCUAGGUCACUAGGUCAAAUCAAAGAGAGACUUUGUGUAUGCAAUAGAGGCUGUAUUUUUCAAUUGAUCCUCAUGAAUAUUGGUCAGAAUGAUUGCCUUGAUAAAAUCUAGGUUAAGUUCAAAUAUUAGUCAUCUGGGGUCAAAAACUAGGUCAUUAGGUCAAAUCAAAGAAAAACCUUGUGUAUGCAAUAGCGGCUGUAUUUUUCAAUUGAUCUUUAUGAAUUUUGGUCACAAUGAUUGCCCUGAUAAAAUUUAGGUCAAGUUCAACUGUAAAUUGACAGCCUGGGGAAACCUGUUUUCCGACCGCAACGCCACCUAUAUUACACUCAAAAUAUAUGGGUGUGUGAUAAAGAAUGAUAACUUCUGAAAGAAAUAAUCCAUUGCUAAAAGACCUAUCAAAAUCAUAUACUUACGAAGGUUUCUGCACAUUCCUGGGCCAUAGACAAUGACAAGUUUGUACCGCCCAUAGCUUUUCCAGGAUGUUGUAACAACUUUUAAAUAUAUCAUAAUAAACUUAAAUGUGUGUCAUAGCUAUCAAGUUGUGAAGUGAUAUAUUAAUGCAGACCUAGUGAUCUACAAAAUUUUGCUGAAUUUUCGGCAGCAUUCCCUCGUUUUUGUUUCAGGCAAGCACAAACAUGAUCACAUGUUAAUUAGGCUAUUUUUAAAUAAUCGAUAAUCAGAAGUGACAUGGAAACUCCUUUAGAUUUCCCCAGGCAUUGAUAAUAUCAGAAACUCGGUGAAUGCCAGCUGACACUAAUUAGCGAAAAUUAAGUGGGAUCUUUAAUGCAUAGCUUCUAACAAAGCACAAAUAUUAUCAACGGCUUUCCAGUAUAGGUUACAAGUUGCAACACUGUUAAACAUUUAUCCAUUUUAUAAAUUGAGAUUGAAAUAAUAGGCUGUUAAUUGAGAAAAAGUCUAUAAAUUUUGGCUUAAAAGACUGCUGUUGUGUUAGUAUACAAAUGUCUUGUAGUCAAAACUCAAUACAAAUGUAAUUUGUUGGAUUUGUUUUUUGAGACACAACAUCUGCUAAAAUCAUAGUAGACAUACCAGUGAAAGUGACCAUACCUUUUAUAAUUAUAUACAGUGCUUGUGAAGUAAGAGUAAAAGGAUUUUAUCGAUAAUGUGUGUUCAGUGUUGUUGAAGUAUUUAACUGGGUAAAAUCAAAAUGUUGUGUAUCAUCCGUACUUUGGUAUAUAAUUUUUCAACUGUUGAGAUCUUAAUUUACACAUGCAUUUUACAUUAUGCGCAAUCACAUUUUGAACAGGAAAAUUUGAAUCUUUAGCUCAAAGUAGUUACUUACUAUCCAAAUCUACACCACGAGAAACAAUCGCCAUAACUCUUAUUUGAAUAUUGGACAGAGUUAUGCCCCUUUUUAUACCUCCCUUCAAAGAAGGUGAGGUAUAUUGUUUUGCAGAUGUUAGUCGGUAUGUCAGUAGGUCAGUAGACAAAUUCGUUUCUGUAUGUAACGCAAGAACACUUUGGCCUAGGAUCAUGAAAGUUAAUAGGGAGGUUGGCAAUGACUAGCAUAUGAGCCUUAUAGAUUUUGAGGUCAGUUGCUUGAAAGUCAAGGUAACAGUGACCGGGAACAGUUUCCGGAUGAUAACUCAAGAACGCUUAGCCUAGAACCAUGAAAGUUGAUAGAGAGGUUGGUCAUGACCAUAAGAAGACCCGUACUGAUUUUGAGGUCAGUAGGUCAGAGGUCAAGGUCACAGUGACCUGGAUCAGAUAAACGGUUUCCGGAUGGUACUUAAGAACGCUUAGGCCUAAGAUCCUGAAAGUUAAUAUGGAGGUUAGCCAUGACCAGCAGAUGACCCCUAUUGAUCUUGAGGCCAGUAGGUCAAAGGUCAAGGACACAGUGACGCGGAACAAUUAAACAGGUCCCGGGCUAUAACUUGAGAACGAUUGGGCCUAGGAUCAUGAAACUUAAUAGGGAUGUUGAUCAUCACCAGUGGAAGACCCCUAUUGAUUUUGAGGUCAAAGGUCAAGGACACAGUAACCCGGAACACUUAAACGGUUUCUGGAUGAUAACUCCAGAACACUUGGGCCUAGGAUUUUUAAAGUUGAUAGUCGUCAUGACCAGCAGAUGACGCCUAUUGAUUUUGAGGUCAGUAUGGCAAAGGUCUAGAUCACAUUGACCCAGAACCAGUAUAAAUUUUUUGUGCCAAAUAACUGGAAAAUAAUUUGAUCUAAGAUCAGAUUUGAUACAGAGUUUACUUAUGAUUGGUAAAUGACCCAAAUUUAUUGAUUUGAGGUCAGUACAUCAAAUAUGCAGUGCACAGUGACCAAAAAGUUUCUGUUCCGUGUGCAAUUAUUGAAUGCAUCAGUAGGGCAUUUUGUGUUCUACAAGCUCUUGUAAACUUUGAUUUUUUUUUUGUUAUUAAGUUUUUACUGGCAAAGAUCCAAUUUAUAGCCAAGUACCGAGAAAAAGCAAGGGCUUUCAUCAGACAGGUCUUGUUUGGUAAUUGUAUGGGACAUUCCACUUAUACUAAUGUAACUUAAUAUAUACUUCACUUAUAGUCCUGCCAAGGAAACUAUGAAAUGAUUUUUAUGUGGAAUAAACUUACUUUUCAAAUACUGACUCAUUGAAUAACUAGUCCGUCAUGCAUUUUUUUGUCACAUGCAAGUUGCACAUACACCCAUUUACAAAUUAUUGAAAUAAGCUUACUUUAUACAUGAACUUACUUUACAAACACUCUGACAAUGUGUUCUUUUAAGUCUAUAUAGAUGUACGUGUAUUUAAGUAUGGUAAAAUAUUUGUAUAUGUUGUUUUGUAUGUGAAUGAAAAUAGUUUGUUUUAAAAAGGUUUUAUCUUCCGGAAAUGGUAAAUUUAAGUAUUUGUUACAAGUAUAUGAAGAAUAAAUCUAUGAUCUAAAGUUUGAA